AGCAGCAGCCGUUAGUCGUUCAGUCGGACCGACUGGUUGUUAUUUCGUCAUUGACUCUCGGUGGACGACUGUCUGUCUCUCUCUCUGCCUGUCGGCCUGUCUGUCGACACUGUCUGUCAGUGGACACUGUAUCCGCGUAAGUGUGUGAUAAAGCGGACACGAUGAUGAUGUUUUCUCUGUGGGAGCGCUGGUUCUCCAGCAGCUGCUGUCUGUGCUGCCAUGUCCGCACAGGAACCAUCAUCCUGGGCGUCUGGUACAUGCUCAUCAAUGCAGUGGUAUUGCUCAUCCUGCUGACGGCUCUCAGUGAUCCUGAGCAGUAUCACCUGACCAGCGCUGAGUUGGCUAAUGACCUGGACGUCAUGGAUGAUGCAAAUAUGUGCAUCGCCUCUGCGAUCUCUCUGCUGAUGAUUCUUAUAUGUGGGAUGGCAACAUAUGGUGCAUACAAGCUUCGAGCCGCUUGGAUCAUCCCAUUUUUCUGCUACCAAAUAUUUGACUUUGCUCUCAACACCCUGGUCGCUGUCAGCAUUGUGGUUUACCCCAACACGGUACAGGACUACCUGCAGCAACUGCCCGAUAACUUCCCCUACAAAGAGGAGAUUGCAGCUCUCAGUAAUGUGUGCUUGGUUCUCGUGGUGCUGCUCUUCAUUGGCUGCAUUCUCGGCUUCAAGGCUUACCUCAUAGCAUGUGUGUGGAACUGCUACAGAUAUGUGAACGGCCGCGGAGCCUCUGAAAUCCUGCUCUAUGUGACGACUAACGACACCACGGUGCUGCUUCCUCCCUGCGACGACAGUGUCAGCAUCCAUACCAAGCAGGCUCCUCCACCUUACAUCACUGCUACAGCAUGAGGACAUUUCUGGGAUGCUGCCACUCACCACUGCACCUUGUUUAUCAAAGUCUAGCUAAAUUAAAAGCACCACACUGCCUCUCCAUGGUAUAGUGGAGCUGCUCACACAUUAAAUCAUGUAUAAAACGAUGUCACAUGCAUUAUGCAUUGUGCAAACUCAUCACUCCUGUUAUUUAUUGUUGAAAUCAUCAACUCUGUUGGUAUUACUAAAUAAAUAAUGUACGUUCUGCUGCAUCGGAGUGAAAUAACGGAUAAAAAGCAGAGACGAUAGAUGACAGAUUUUGUGUAUUUGUUCUGUGUGUUUCUGUGAUAGUGUUUUGUGAGUGUUUACAUUUGAUAUUCAUACGGUAUUUACUGUAACGUAAACACAUGCAAAUAUGCUGAUAGUAAUGAGUGAAGAGUUGUGACUUGUUUCCUGUUUGCUUUGCCCCUGCUUGUGAUUGGGGUUGAAUUGCCUUCAUUCAAGACUUUCUCUGCGAUGAUGUGCGUUUUACAGUGUAUACAUAAAGUAACACUUUGAACUGCGUCUACCUGUAAUCUGACACAAGCUUUCAGCAAACUAGUAUUUAUUCAACUUAAAAUCUUAUUUUACUGUUAUACUCGGCUGCAGACAUAAUUGUCUUCUGGUAUACACGUCACAAGUGUUGGGAUAUGCUGGUCAACCCUCCUGAAUUUUAAAUGUCAAUGUUUGUUUCUACGGAAAUGUCAAGAGCUGCUAUUUAUCUAUAAUGACUGCGCUGAAGUAGCACUGAUCUGGAAUCAGUUUGCUCAUUGAAGUGAUUGAAUGAUUUGCUCAGGGGAACCUGUUGCGAAGACUCUGGAUCAGGCCUCUUUACAUUAAGAGGCUCAGUAAAUAUGGACCCUGGUUGUGUUUUUUAAAUUAAAGCCAGUGGGAGGAGUCUAUUUUCUGUCUAAACAGGAGUCUGUUCCACCAGAUGCAGAUAUACUAGCAUAAGGCUUCCGGAAACACAAUGUCCUGUGAGGACAAAAGUCAAACUUGAAGACUGCUGAAAAAUAUGAAUGUUGCAUUUAUUUGUCUAUUAAAAUCUAAUGAUACUGA